UAAAAUAAUGUCCCCGCCCUCUAACUGCUCGUGUAAUCUAAAAUCUUUGGUGACACCUGCCUUCUGGUGGCGGACUCAGUUGCGUAGCUAACAUUAGGUAGUUUGUACCUUCACAAUCAGAAAGAUAGGUAGUUUCUAAUUCUGUUGUAACCAGCGAUGGUUACCCAUAUGUAUUAGGUUAGAAAUAUUUUAUUGUCAUUGAAAUAGUCACACUCGACAAAUGUCGUUCGUUUUGGAAUAACGGCUGCAGCUAAUGCUGACACUGCUAUGGGCUGUUAGCUAGCAAGUUGUUUUGGUUCCUUUUUUUUACCGAAGCUAAGUUAACUUUCGUCUUACAGUGAGAGACAUGACACUCUCAGAACAGCACGGAUGGGUAACGUUAGCUGACGAUCAACAUGACUAAAGUGCAGAGAUAAAUUAGCCAGUUGCAUAUCUGCGCUUUGGGAAUUACUUGGUACAAGGAGUUCACACCCAAGGAUCUGAGAAGCUCUAGAAGGGUGGACACUGGACAACUGAAUGGUCUAUUUUGCUUGCUCAGACUCGGAGAUAUUAAAGCAGCAGUUUGCAGGAAUGUACUACUUUUAAGGCGGAUGUGUCUGCAGAUCUGCACAUGGGCCGUAUUGCUUUGAUUACCAUGGAGACGCCUGUUUUCCCCUCGCCUGCUCAUCAGAAUGGCGAUGUGGCCAAGCUCACGCUCCCUGCGCUCCACAUCCACCUGUACCACCAGGAGAGGGCAGUGUCCGAGGGCAGCCCCCUCACAUACCCGCCUGGCCAACACGUGGCAGAGGAGCUCUGCAUCAGCGCUGCCAAGGAGUGUGGUGUGAGCCCAAUGUACUGCAACCUUUUUGGACUCAUGAGAGAGAGUGACAGGAUGUGGUUCUCACCCAAUCACAUCUUUGAAGUGGAUGACUCAGCCAGUGAAAAGCUGCUCUUCAGGAUAAGGUUUUAUUUCCCUGGUUGGCACAGCAGUGGACCUGGCAGUGCCCAUCGCUAUGGAGUGACCAAAGGCUCCGAAACCCCUGUGUUAGAUGAUGCCAUCAUGGCUUAUCUAUUUGCUCAGUGGAGGUGUGACUUUCUGAAUGGCUGGUUGAGCAUUCCAGUCAGUCAUGAAGCUCAAGAGGAGUGUCUGGGGAUGGCUGUGCUGGAUAUGAUGAGACUGGCUAAGGAGAGGGGCCAGUCUCCUGUGGACAUUUAUAAUGACAACAGCUACAAAUCCUUUUUGCCCAAGGAUAUGCGUGCUCACAUUCAGGAUUACCAUUUUGUGACACGCAAGCGAAUCAGGUACCGCUUUAAGAGAUUCAUCCAGCAGUUCAGCGAGUGCAAGGCCGCUGCCCGUGACCUGAAGCUCAAGUAUCUGGUGAACCUAGAGAGCCUUCAGCCUGAUGCCUUCUCUGAGCAGUUUCGUGUCAACGAGCACAAAGCAGGAGAUGUCACCAUUGUUGUGACGGCCAAUCAUGGCAUCCAGUGGUUCCAGGACAAGGGUGGCAAUGAGGAACAGGAGUUUCAAACCUACUGUGAUUUCCCAGGGCUCAUUGACAUCAGUGUCAAGCAGGCCAGCAAAGAUGGGUCCAAUGAAAGUCGUAUAGUAACUAUAAACCGUCAGGAUAACCAAACUCUGGAGCUGGAGUUUAACUCUCUCGAAGAGGCCUUGUCUUUUGUGUCCCUCGUAGAUGGCUACUACAGGUUGAUUGCAGAUGCCAAUCACUACCUGUGUAAAGAAGUGGCGCCCCCUAGGGCAUUGGAGGCCAUCCAGAGCUAUUGCCAUGGCCCUAUCUCGAUGGAGUUUGCCAUCAACAGGCUCGGUCGCUGUGGCAACCACAAAGGCAUGUACAUCUUGCGCUGCAGCCCCAAGGAUUACAACAAGUUCUUCCUCUCCUUCAUAGUGGGGUAUGACGGGGUGGCGGAGUACAAACACUGCCAGAUCGUGAAGAUGCUCUCUGGAGAGUACAACUUGAGUGGAGCCAAACGCAGCUUCGGGAGCCUGCGGGAGCUCCUGCACCGCUACCACAAGGAGGCGCUGCGCUCUGACGGACACAUUUUCCAGUUCACCAAAAGCUGCCCACCUAGGAGCCAAGAUAAAACGAAUCUGCUGGUGUGUAGAAGUAACCAGGGACUGGAUGUGCCUCUGUCGCCCUCACUCUUCAAACACAGUAUCAGCCAGAUGGUUUUCCACAAGAUACGCAAGGAGGAUCUGGAAAUUAACGAGAGUCUCGGCCAAGGAACAUUCACCAAAAUAUUUCGUGGCAUGCGGAAAGAGUUAGGUGACUAUGGAGAGGUCCACGAGAUGGUGGUAAUCAUGAAGAUUCUGGAAAAGACUCACCGCAACUACUCAGAGUCCUUCUUCGAGGCGGCCAGUAUGAUGAGCCAACUCUCCCAUAAGCACCUGCUGCUGAACUACGGCGUGUGUGUGUGCACAGAUGAGAAUAUCAUGGUGCAGGAGUAUGUGAAGUUCGGCUCUUUGGACACGUAUCUAAAGAAAAACAGGAACUGCAUCAACAUCACCUGGAAACUGGAAGUGUCCAAGCAGCUGGCAUGGGCCAUGCACUACCUGGAGGAUAAGGGUCUCAUCCAUGGGAAUGUCUGUGCCAAAAAUGUGCUGCUGAUUCGAGAAGAGGACAGAAAGAGUGGCAACCCUCCCUUCAUCAAGUUGAGUGACCCUGGAAUCAGCCUUACAGUUCUGCCUAAAGACAUCCUGCUGGAGAGGAUCCCAUGGGUACCACCUGAAUGUGUUGACAAUCCACGGAACCUGAGUCUGGCUGCAGACAAAUGGAGCUUUGGUACCACACUGUGGGAAAUCUGCAGCGGAGGGGAGCGACCCCUGAGCACUCUGGACAACUCAAAGAAAAAUCUUUUCUACGAGGAUCGGCACCAACUUCCUGCCCCCAAGUGGACCGAACUGGCCAAUCUGAUCAACAGUUGCAUGGAUUACGAGCCCCUGCAUCGGCCCUCCUUCAGAGCCGUGAUCAGAGACCUGAACAGCCUCUUCACUCCAGACUAUGAGCUGCUGGUGGAGAGUGACAUGGUGCCAAUCAGAGCUCGCUCUGGAUACCCUGGAGCGUUUGAGAGCCAGGAACCCGCCCAGUUUGAGGAGCGCCAUCUCAUCUUCCUGCAGCAGCUUGGAAAGGGGAACUUUGGCAGUGUGGAGAAGUGUCGUUAUGACCCACUGCAGGACAACACAGGAGAAGUAGUGGCCGUGAAGAAGCUUCAGCACAGCACCGAAGAGCAUCUGCGUGACUUUGAGCGUGAGAUCGAGAUCUUGAAGUCCCUCCAGCACGACAACAUAGUCAAGUAUAAGGGGGUGUGCUACAGCGCAGGCCGCAGAAACCUGAGGCUGGUGAUGGAGUACCUGCCUUUUGGAAGCCUCAGAGACUAUCUGAUCAAGAAUAAGGAACGCUUCGACCACAAGAAGCUCCUGCACUACACCUCUCAGAUCUGCAAGGGAAUGGACUACCUAGCCACGAAGCGCUACAUCCAUAGAGACCUUGCCACACGGAACAUCCUGGUGGAGAGUGAGCUGAGGGUCAAAAUUGGAGACUUUGGGCUCACUAAAGUCCUGCCCCAGGAUAAAGAAUACUACACUGUCAAGGAACCAGGAGAGAGCCCUAUAUUCUGGUACGCCCCUGAGUCUCUGACUGAGAGUAAGUUUUCUGUGGCUUCUGAUGUGUGGAGCUUCGGAGUGGUCCUUUAUGAACUCUUCACCUACAGUGACAAGAACUGCAGUCCUCCGGCCGUGUUUAUGGAGCAGAUGGGCAGUGAUAAACAGGGUCAGAUGAUUGUGUACCACCUGAUUGACCUGCUCAAGAAGGGCUAUAGACUUCCUACCCCUCAGGGCUGUCCUCGAGAGAUCCAACAACUCAUGAGCGAGUGCUGGAGCAGUGAUGUCACCCUGCGGCCGUCCUUCAAGGACCUGAGCCAGUCUGUGGACACCAUCUGGGAUGGCAAGGAGGGCUGAGAGACUUCUGGGUCUGUCAGCUGCACCAAAGAGAACAGAACUCCUCGUCCAGUUCUGGAGGCCCUCAAAAGGAAUGUUCUAGAACUCAGGCAGGGAAACCAAUGCAGUUAGAUCCCUGUGCAUCUCUGAUUCACCAGAGGGGGAGCCCUUGUGCUUAAUGUGUCACAGUUUUUCAGCUGCCUGUGCUUCUAUUUGUCUGUGGUCAUCAGCCUGAUGUUGUAUCUGUUGUCUUCUCCGAUGUUGACCAUCAGUACUGGCUCUGUGGUCUGGUUGUUGAGAUUUGGGGGUUGUUGACCAGAUGUUAUUAUGUCUCCAUGCAAUUCAUCUCAGAUUUCCACCAGCCAUCCAUCCCAACUUUGAGAGAUAUUUCAUUUGCUAGGCGAUGGAGCUUAAAGUUGAAUGAAGUCUUGUAUGCUGUGCAUAGAUUGGAAACUUGUCAUCUCUGUUGUUUUUUUUUUUCUAUCUGUCUGACUUUGGAAGGCAAAUGGCAGUGCUGAAAUUGUCAAGAGAAAAUGAAAAUAUGAUUUAAAUCCCAUAAGAGGCCAAGAGGAUUCUUUACACAUUUUCCAAGUGCCCUAUUUAUAUAUGUACAUGUAUGUAUAUUUGAAAUGAUCUCUGGAAGUAGAUUAUGUAGCUAUACCUGUAACCCUGCUGUUGAUGCAUAGACUGAAACCGCUAACUCUGAUCUGCAACAAAUCUUUUUCUAGCGAUUCCUGUUGUUGUCUUCCUUAGUCGCAGCUGUGCUGUGGACGCGCCCUUUGACCAGCAAACUUCUCACACACACUGAGAAGAGCCUACGGAGAGAGAAAGAACUCAAAGUAUAUUGUGUGUUGUAUGAUCAGGACUGAGGAAACUAUAUAUUUUUUUAUUUGCAAAAGAUAUUUUUCAUUGAAUUGAAUGUAAUAUUGUGUGACACUUCUAGAGCUCAAAUGAUUGUACAAUAUGAAUCAGUGUUUUUGAUGUGGUAAUGUUGAGGCACACAUUGUUUCAUUCAAGACCAAAGGCAAGUGGAUGUGGUUUGUUUGGUUUUAUAAAGCUGUGUUGUCAGUGCUUCAUUAAAGUCUCUGACUGACUAAUUAUGA